AUGUUGUAUCUGGAGUUGAAGCUAUCAGUAAGGAAUCAAGCAGCGGUGGUCAAAAGAAAUAAGCUGUUGCAGUUGCCAGCAAGCAAAGCAAGAAGGCAUGUAGCAGCUGAGUAUGGUAGUUGGAAGAUAGUUAAGACUGUCUGGAGCUGGACCCUUGUUGCUCUGGAAAAUUUGCACACUAAUGUAAGUUUCGGUUAUGGAACCAGGGCUAUUCUGAGUGAAAAACGCAUAUGCACCGGAGAUGUCAUUGUGGCGGUAUGUAUUCUAACUUUCAUAUGCUACACUGGCAGCAUCCCGAACAAUCAGGGGUGA